UUCGCCUGUAAAGUUAUGAAAAGCGGUGUAACAUUAUUUUGCAUUUUAGGUGAAAUGAUGUAAAUCAUAUAGCUUCACCCAUAACACAUUUGAACGUAAUUUCUGCCGGGUAUUUCGUUUCUUUUCUUGUAAAAUCGAUUCAAGCAUGAAUCAUGGUUUGACAUAUUGAAAAAAAAAAAACAGAAUUACUAGAAAUGUAAAAAAUAUCAAAACGCCCAACAAAGUCAAAAAGUAAUUAUUUUAAACUACUCAUAAUCGUUCUUUGAGAGUUUUUUUUACAUUUCAUCAGCAUUUGCCAAACAUAACUGUAACUUAGAAUGAAAAAAACCCAAACCACCAGAAUCGACCAAAAUAGGAAGAAACGCAAGAAGAGUCGAUUUUACUUCCUCCUAAAUGUUAUCACGGAAGGAUUAGCGACUGCCUUGGUUUUAUACUGUACAUUCACGGCCAGUUGUGUGCUUGGCAAUGAAGUUAGUGGUCCCGUUUACAUAUUCUUGCUCUUCAUUUUUCCCGCUUUCAUACCGGAUUUGUACUAUUAUCUACUUACACCCAAACUGCAUACGUUGGGUAUUGAUCCGUUGGGUGUUAUGUUCAACUUUAUUAUAGGUGUCUUGUGCAUUUUGAUUGGUGUAAGUCUUAUAAUGGUGAUCUUAUCUUUUUGUGGGUUUUAUGCACAAUUUCUUUUGGUGAUUGCUGGUGCCUUAAGCGUUUGUUCGGGCGUGUUUCAUUUGAUGAAUGCCUGUAUGUGUCACAAGGCGAUACCGAAGUCGGAGAGAUAUUACAAACCUCGUCGUACUAAACCCAAGAAAGCGCCGAAGGAUAAGAAAAAACAAGCGAAACCAGCUAAAAAAGGCAAAGCGGAAAAGAAGCCCGACAAGAAAGCCGAAAAGAAACCUGACAAGAAGGCUGAAAAGAAACCCGAGAAGAAAGGCGAUAAAAAGACUGAUAAGAAACCGGACAAAAAGAAGGAAAAGAAACCCGAAAAGAAGGCUGAAAAGAAGCCAGAAAAGAAAACAAAACCGAAGUCCGCAGAAAAAUGCUAAAAGUAGGGGGGAAACGUAAAUUAGGGCUAAAAAAGAAUUCUAGUUUGUUUAGUUAAUAAACAUUUAAUUCAAUUUUAAAAUAAAUGUUUCUUACUUGGUCAGAUGGAGUGAGAAUGGGCUUUGCUUUGCUUCGCUUUUUUGUCAAAAAUGUAUUCAAAGCUGUCGGACUGCCACUGCGAAGGCAAUCGGAUAACAGGUCAAAAGAAAAAUUUUCAGCGUACCAUAGUAAAACACAUAUUUUUUGCAAAAUUC